CUUCAUCAGACCCGCCCCCAAAGCAGGAUAUCCCCUUUUCAUUGGUUUGUCCACGUGUCGUCACUGCCCACGUGACUCAACAUGGUUUCCGGAUGCAGUUGGCUACGUUGGUUAGCAGUUUAGCUACAGAAACAGUCCCGGAUCUGUGAGAAUAAAAAGCCCGGUCUUCAGCGCCUUCGGUACAGCAGACCCAGCAGAUCUAGGCUGCAUGUAGACGAAGAAGAUGGAGGUGCCCUCUUAUCAGUCCAAGCUUUUGUGUGAGCUGAAUGAACAGCGCAAGAGGGACUUCUUUUGCGACUGCAGCAUCAUUGUAGAGGGCCGGGUAUUUAAGGCACACCGCAACAUUCUGUUUGCCAGCAGUGGAUAUUUCAGGGCUAUGCUGGUGCAUUACUUGCAGGACAGUGGUCAUAGACAUAGCACAGCUUCGUUGGACAUUGUCACAGCUGAGGCUUUCUCCCUCAUUCUGGAUUUUCUGUACUCAGGUCGGCUACACCUGCGGAGUGACAAUGUUAUUGAAAUCAUGUCCGCCGCCAGCUACCUGCAGAUGACUGAUGUGGUGAACUUUUGUAAAGGUUACAUCAAAUCAUCCCUGGAGAUUUGUAAUCGAGAGAAAGAAAGCCAGAGAGAGAAAGAGGGACCUGCUGACAGUGGCACUCCAGCUUCAGUCUCCUCUGCCCCUGCAGCUUCCACCUCCCAAACAGACCGGGGAACUCCUCAGGACAUGGAAACACCCACAUCUCUUGAGGCUCCCUCUGACAUCCUUACCACACCAGCUGCCACCAGUAGCAAAGAUUCUGAAAGUGAGAAUUCACAAACUGGAUUUCUGAGCCAGCCCUCUACCAGCGCCCCUAGUAAGACCAGCUUGGGGCAGGACUUGAUCAACUCAUCUUCUUCAGGGAUGUUUAUAGGGUUGGGACACCCCAAGAUUAAGUUUGACCCUGAUGAAGAAGGCGAGUGUUCACUUGAGUCUAAAGACAUGACCAUCUAUGUAGACCCAAGUCAUGGUGAGGACAGGGCCCUCAGUAUGAGUCCCUCACCCAGUAGUGAACCAACAUCCCUGCCCUGUCCGAACUAUCAGGUGAAGCAGUUUGUAGAUGUGCUGCUUCGUGGAGGCCCCAACUCAAACCGUGAGGAGCUCCUGCCUCACUAUUCCCACAGCUUGGGGAGCAGUAGUAUGGUAGGCCGUGUUGAGGAGGGUCUUGGGCAUGGAGGCCCAUGUGGUAUGGAGCUACAAAGUGAUUGGUAUGUGGAGGAUGCAGGAAGACUGCAUAAAUGUCCAUUCUGCCCAUACACGACCAAACAGAAGGGCAUUCUGAAGCGACACAUCCGCUGCCACACAGGGGAACGACCCUAUCCGUGUGAGAUCUGUGGAAAACGUUUUACACGACAGGAGCAUCUACGCACACAUGCUGUUACUGUCCACCGCUCCAGCUGGCCCAUUGUGUGUAAGGGCUGCAGGCGUGUCUUCUCUGGAGUCGUUUCACAGGGCCUGAAGAGAUUCGGCCUUUGCGACAGCUGUACUUGUGUCACUACAACUAAUGAGGACUCCCAGUCUAUGAAUCUCAGUCAGUCUGUUAGUGUGGAGCAUGGCUCGGGAGAUUCCGAUUGGCCCAUCUUCAUGGAGGAUGGAGACGAGGAGCCCAGCGCUGGCGCUGGUGAACUGGAUGAUAAGAAGGAAAUCCAGAGGCAGCUUGCUGAGGGUGGAAAUCUUCUAUAGUCAUUCCGUCCUAAUUUAGGAUUUAAUUUCUACCUGGCAGUAUCUUUAUUACCUCAACCACACUAUACAAAAUCAACGGUUAAGAAAUAUGUACCACAUGUUGGUAAAGACUUAGAACAAGACAGAGACCAAAUCUCAGAAACAAUAAUCGUGAUGUUCUGUGUGGCAGUGUUGCCAUGCUGAUGCAGAACUACAGACAUGUUAAUGGCCUUUAAGUUUAUCUAGACUGAUUUUCACAACUCCACAGUUUGACAGUUUGACAAAAGGGGAAUUCCUGCAUAAUUCAAUCUUUAAUAUGAAAAUUAUAUUAAUUUGAUGUGAAAUGUUUGAAGACAUUUUUUAUUAUUAUUAUUAUACUAAUAUUCCUAUGUAAUAAUAUUACUAGCUUUGGAUCUUAUUCACCAGUGACUUACUAGACAUUUUCUUGAAAUUGUGCUUGAGAAACGGCCAAACAAAUGUAAUUUUUCAGCUGCAAGUACCUACACUACUCCACUCUACUCCCAGAUUUGGGUACCAGGGCAGCAACAUUACUUCAUGGAAAAGCAAAAAACAAGUGGAACAUAUGCAGUGUAAAAGCACCGCAAGAGUCUUAAACGUGCAGAAUGGCAGAAAAAUGAAGAAAAAAAAAAAAGGAAAUUCCACUCAUGAUUAUCGGAAAGUUUUAAGGUGUUUCACCACAGCACAGAACUCCCAGUCCUACUGAAUGACUGUUACAAUAUCAGAACGUAAAAGGAUGACUUUGUUUCAGCCUUACAGAUAAAUAAAUAAAUAAUACAAAUAUAAAUAAGAAGAAAGUAAAAUACAGGUCAAUAGGUCAACACAUUUGUGUAAUUAUGUCUUGGUAGGUCAGCACAUUUACAUUCAGAGAGAAAAAGGGAAACGAACAAUAAGCAAGAUGAAUGGGUGAGAGUACCCUUGGGCGUCUCGUCCCCUAAUCAGUUAGAAUAAAAGUCUAAGAAUGUGGUUAUCUCCAGUCACAUCCUUCAGUUUUUGUAAAGCACUCUUUCAAAGGGGCUGUAUAUUUUUGGGUACGAUUUUUUUUGCUAUCCUUGCAUGCAUCUUUUAAUCAUGCAUCACAUUUUAUAGGAUGUGUUUUAAACCACAUCAAACAUUAUCUCCGGCAGCAGAAUAAUGUAAUAACUUUUCCUGCUUUACUGCUGUUUAGCUCUUACUGGAAUUUUGUUUUGCUCUAACGUUUUCCCAUCACCACCACUGUGGGCAUUUCACGUCAAAUCACUCUAAAAACUUUGUUUACGAACUUAAGGUUGAAUUGUUCAAGAAUGUUUUGGAAUCCGUUUCUAUUUCAAGUGCUAAAGUUACAAGUUACAGUGCUGUUAUCAUGUAAUUAAAAUAUAUUUACAUAUUUGUUUUAAUGGUACAGUAGUAAGAUUUUUUGCUCUGGCUUGUUCAUUUAAAUGUGAUGCAAACAAUGCAAAGUUAAGAUUGUGAAAAUGGCAAACUCUGCCUAUGAUCUAGGACCAUAAGACAGGUUUGAAAUUUUACAGUUUGUAUUACAGUUAUUUAUGUUCAUUGUGUAUGUAAAUAACAUCAGUUAUUUAGGGACUAGUCUUGGAAAAUGCUGUAUUAUAGAUUUCACUGUGCGGACACAGGAGAUGAUAAGAAAGCAAAUGUUAAGGCAAUCAUAUUUAAAAAAAAAAAAAAAUGUUAAUUCUUUUGUUUUGAAAUUUUCUUUCUGUAUUAGUUUGUAACACUUAGUCAUACUCUGUCAGCCCACAAUCAAGAAAGCUGUUGUUCAUGGGUUAGUAUGGUUAUUGUGUGCAACUGACAUGUGACCAAAGUGCAACUUUUAUAACUUGCAGGCUUUAUUUACUGUCCUAUGUAUGCAGGUACUGUAUGUAACAAUACUAUACAGUAUGCUCACCUUUUAUAGUGGUUGUUUUGGACAGACCGCAAUGUUCUGUGAUUGUAAAAUAACAUGCAGAAAUAAAUGGUGACAUUCUAUA